AUGUCGAAACAGUAUCUCACAACCCACACGGUGGAUGAUGCCCACAUCACCGACAUCUUCUCUCUGGCCGUUACACCCACACAAGUCCUCUCCGCCUCUGGUGCCUCCUCAAUCAAAGUCCACUCCACACUCUCGCCCGACAUCCCACUCGCGCAAACUCUCACCGGCGCACACAAGCUGGGCUGCCACCACCUCGUCACAUCCCGCAACGGCAAGACCCUCGCCAGCGCAGGAUUCGGCGGCGAAGUGAAGAUAUGGUCUUUGUCUGAAGAUACGGGCGAAUGGAGCGAAGAAGGCAAGAUUGUAGACGGCAAUAAGGCUGGUGAGAUCUGGGCUGUGGCGUUGAGUGAAGAUGGGCAGUUUCUGGCUAGCACGACGUAUGAUGGGAGGAUAAAUGUGUGGGAUUUGCAGGCGGGGAGGAAGAAGAUCAGAGAGUACGAGACGAAGGGGAGUUUUGGGCUGUGUAUUGAUAUUAGUCGGGAUGGGAGAUUUACGGCAAGUGGGCAUGAGAAUGGUGGAGUUUAUGUCUUCAAUAAUGAUACGGGCAGGAUGCUGUAUUCGUUGCCUGGUCUGGUCAAGCCAGUACGAACCGUUUCCUUCUCGCCAGCAGGCACUCGACUGGCAGCAGCAGGAGAUGCACGUGUCAUUGCACUUUACGAUGUCCAGCAUGGCGAGCAAGUAGCGAAUCUCACAGGCCAUUCAGCAUGGAUCUUCUCAGUGGACUGGAGUGAUACCGGCGAGUAUCUCCUCAGCGGAUCAUUCGACGGCAAGGUCAAGGUGUGGUCGAUCGAUCAGAGAACUUGUGUUGCAACACACAGUGAGACGGACAAGACCCUCUGGAGUGUAAAGUGGUUGCCCAAGACGGGUAGGAGUGAGGCAUUUGCUACGGCCGGGGCGAAUAGGAGUAUCUCGUUCUAUAGAGAGGCUACGGGAGGUUAA